AGGCUAAACAUAAACGCGAAGCGCGAUGGCGUCCGUAAACUCGAUAAAUAUCCAUGAAAUAAACAUCCAAAAUCUGGAAAAAAUCGAAAGUUUCCUGAAUGAUUCCGCGUAUAAGGAAGCGAUAGAAAAUAGUGAAACAUUUAAUACUCGGUUAUGCAUCGAAAGGCGUUUACGAAUGCCGUUUUUAGAUCCGCAAACUGGAGUGGCUCAGUAUCAUAGCAGCUUAUUCUUCCGGGCAAGGCAAAGGAUUCCGGGAUUGAAGGAAGGUCAAAUUUAUAGUUAUCCUUCAUCACGAUGGAGAAAGUCACGUCGGCAGUAUUUAAUGCAGAAACCUCAUCCACCGUUUCCCACAUAUACCCAUCGGCCAUUUGGACAUUUGCAAAGCACAUAUGAUUCGGAAAACUCCAACCUAGAUUCGACUACAACCAGUAUUGAGCCAGAGGUAAAAGACCAGAAAGAUGAUCCCGGAAAGGAUUGGUACUACGACGAAAUGGAUAUGCAUGAAAUGGAGUCAUUUGACGAUCACGACUUACCGGACUCCGAUUGUGAUUUCGAGGAGAGCUACAGUAGCCGAAAGAAGAAAGGAAAAAGCGGUAAAGCUGGAUCUAGUUCCGUAAAGAACAAAUCCAAUAUCCCAGACCCCAACUCUCAAAAACGCGGACGUGGCGCAGGCAGAGGGCGUGGAAGAAAAUCACAAGGUAUUGGAGAUAGUCCGACUAGCAAGGAAACAGGAGACAGCUCCAAGAAAAUUCGAUCUCAAACUCUUCCUCAUUUAACACCACAAACGAGCUCAUCUCCAUUGACAGUACCACCGGAUGAACCGCCAAUGCCGGUGUUAGUACCCGAAUCUAAGAUUCCUGAAGAACCAGAGGAAAUUGUACCAUUCAUUAAAUCUGGAAUAUCUGUAAGUAGCAAUGCAUCUACUACCGGACCACCGGUUCACAUAAUCGAAAAGGGACGAGCCAUUCCAUCUCCGUAUUGUGACUUUUGUCUUGGCGAUGCCCGUGAGAACAAAAAAACGCUUGAGCCUGAAGAACUAGUAUCUUGUUCAGAUUGUGGUCGCUCCGGCCAUCCCACUUGUUUGCAGUUCACUGCCAAUAUGAUUAUAUCGGUUCGUAAAUAUCGCUGGCAAUGCAUAGAAUGUAAAUAUUGCACUAUUUGCGGAACGUCGGACAAUGACGACCAGCUGCUAUUCUGCGAUGAUUGCGAUCGUGGGUACCACAUGUAUUGUCUCUCACCACCGCUGAUAUCGCCACCGGAGGGAUCGUGGAGUUGCAAGUUAUGUACCGAAGAAUUCCACAAGAAAUAAGCUAACAAGAGUUUAUACGAAGGAUACCCAAUGCAUGACAUCUUUAAAAUCUAGAAGCCGGAUCAACUGUUUUCCUACAGUGGACAACAUGUUCGAUGAUUGAUAUAGUACCCAAUGAGUAAGAUAUGCUUCUAAACCUAUUAAGACUAAAUUAUAAACACAAGUAGGUAUAUGGCAGAAUAUGCUUGUUUAUUAUUGUGUGAUGCUACUACAUUUCGAUGUAAACUUUAUAAAUCUCAUAUACCUAAUACAACAAGUUCAAACUAUUCAACAGCAUAGAUAAUAAACAAUGGAAUGUUUGGAUCUUAUUUAUUCGAACAUAAAUUUUAU